AUGUUAGAACAAAGCCAAAUUAUCGUCGAGAAAGAUAAAGAAUGUGUUACAAAGUUGAAAAUGUAUUUUUUACUUUUACGAGCAUUCGAUGGACAAACAAAUGUUUUCAAUGAUAUUGUUAAUCUCUUACCGAAAUUUCAAAAGAUAGGUAUCAAUACUUUAUGGCUUAGUCCACCUCAAUCACAAACAGCAGCAGCUCCUCCUAUGUUUGCUUUAAAUGAUCAUGGAUAUUGGCCAAGUGAUCAUGGAAAAAUUGAUCCUAUUUUAGGUGGAGAAAUUGCAUUUGAACACUUAAUUAAAGAAGCACAUAGAUAUGGGAUUGAAAUUGCUAUUGAUGCCGUUCUUAAUCAUUUCGGUUAUGCUGAUGAAGUGAUUUUAAAUGGUGAAAAAAUUUUAACUUCAAAUCCGAAUUAUUUUGUAAUUAUUCCUGAUAUUCAGUCAACAUAUAAUCGUCAUAACGAAUUAAACUGGAAAAUUGAAGAAAGUUUAGAUGUAGAAAAUAUUCUACAAUAUCGUGAAGAAUUAUCUCAUUAUCCAUUAUUCGAUUUACCAACACUUCGUAAAGAUAAUUCUCACAUUCGAACUUAUUUAUUGAAUACUUAUAAGAAAUUUAUUGAUAUGAAAAUUACAACGUUUAGAAUUGAUGCUGCAAAACAUAUGCCUGCUGAAUUUCUCAUCGAUUUUUCCAAUCAAUUAAAUAAUUAUUCAUUGAUGCAAUGGAAUCGUCCAAUUAAAUUUAUUUGGGAAGUUUAUAUAUGUAAUUCUCAUGCUCUUUCAAAAUUCAUACAAGGAACUCUUGAAAGUCUUAAAGAUUCAUCCAAUACAUUUUUCUAUGAUUUUCCUAUGCGUCAGGAAUUCAAACGAAUUCAAGAUCCGAAUUAUCGAUUUGAAUGGCUUGUUAGUUUUGUUCAAUUUCGUGAACAAACUCAACAAUAUCUCAAUCAUCUAAUUCCUUUAGUUGAAGAUCAUGAUGAUGGUUUGCCAAUCAAUAAUCCUUCGAUUGCUCGAAUGAUAUAUGUAUUGACCGAAUUCUAUAGUCGAAACUCAACAUCUAUCUAUCAUGGUUCUGAACAGACAGGAAUUCGGACAGUUAAUCGACCACGAAUCAAUACUAUUAAUGAAUUUGGUGAUAUCGCAAUUUUAGUUGAUCGACUUGGACAUCGAUUAUUGUCUUAUCGAACUUGUCAAGAAACACAAACACUAUUUCAUGUGAUUGAACAAGAUUUUCUUGUCAGUGAAAAACAGUUAAAAAAUAAGCGAUCCAUAUUUUUGGCUAUGAAUAAAAGCUCAGUUUCACGAACAAUGGAACUUUCUUUGCAAGAUUUAUAUGGUGAAAAUCAAAUAACAAUGGAAAAUAUUCUGAAAACUAAUGAUUUACAAGCUGAACUUAUUUUUUCUUCCAAAAUACUUCGGCUGACAGUUUCACCAUUCAAUUUUUUAAUUAUUGAAACUCAACCAAUCGUGCAGUAG